CAAACAAAAUCUGCACGAAAUUGAUGCGAGAGAAUCGAGUAGAGUCGUCGUCGUUCGUAUCGUUCAGUCACGCACCUAACAUUAGAAGGCAACUUAGUUGAGUAGUGAUCGUGAUAGUCUACGAACUGUACGCACAGUGCACACGUUUUCCCUUCCCCGCAUCGUAUUCGAGCGAUUUCGCCCUCACUCGCUCGUUGAGACGGUGACGCCGCGCCGACGCCGCCGUCCGUCCGUUACUUCAUUGCCUCCAGUUGUCGGGUGCCGCUUAGCCGGUACAGCGGCUGCUCUGAGCUCAUCAUAUUAUGUAAUUCAGAAUACAAACACAUUGUCUAAACUAACACGUGUGCACGCCUUGGCCGGUCAUCUAUUUAUAUCCUAUAACCUAUUUGGUAUUAUUUUAUCUCCCAAUCUAAGAUUCCGUAUACGCUACACUGCUGAAUAUUGCGAUUAAUAUUAAACGGCAUUCCUUUAUAAAUAGGCAACCUACCUAAAUCUGCAUUUAUUAGUGUUAACAAAAAACUUAAGUGAAAUGUCUAAUUCUGUGGAGCAACAGUUUGGCGACCUUAAUCUAGAAGACCAGGAUCAAAUAUUUGAACAAGAGGAUCAUCAAGACGACCGGUCCUCAAAGGUACUCAUCAGUGGGCUACCCCUGCAUAUUCGCUUCGACAACAUCGAGCCCCUACUCUCACAGUAUGGCAACGUGCUACAUUGCGACAAAGCAAAUACACGCGAUGCCAACACCCAAGCGGUGUUUAUCACGUUCGAGACUCCGGAGCAAGCGCAGCAAGCUAUCAAUGGGUUGAAUGGGUGUGAAAUCGAAGGUAGCCGAAUGAAGGUAGAAGCAGCAGAGCAGAAUGCUCGAAGCGGACGUCGCGGACGUCCCGGCGGCGGCCGCGGCGGCGGUGGUGCCACCGGUGGCGGUUCGCGGCCCACUGAUUUCCCCCUGCGGCUGCUGGUGCAGAGUGACAUGGUUGGCGCUAUUAUUGGCCGCCAGGGAAGCACAAUUCGUCUUAUUACGCAGCAGAGCCGUGCUCGCGUUGAUGUGCACCGUAAGGACAAUGUUGGUUCUCUGGAAAAAGCCAUUACAAUCUAUGGCAAUCCUGAAAACUGCACCAAUGCUUGUAAGCGAAUAUUAGAAGUCAUGCAGCAGGAAGCCAAUAAUACCAACAAAGGGGAAAUCUGCUUAAAAAUUUUGGCACAUAACAAUUUAAUUGGACGCAUCAUAGGCAAAGGCGGCAAUACUAUCAAGAGAAUUAUGCAGGAGACCGACACGAAGAUUACAGUUUCCUCUAUUAAUGACAUCAACAGUUUUAAUUUAGAGCGGAUUAUUACCGUUAAAGGAACAAUUGAAAACAUGGCCAAAGCGGAAUCACAAAUUUCGGCUAAGCUGCGUCAAAGUUACGAAAAUGAUUUACAGGUGCUGGCGCCUCAAAGCAUAAUGUUCCCGGGUCUCCAUCCUAUGGCCAUGAUGUCAACGGGACGCUUCUGCGGAGCACCACCGCCAUUCCCACCGCCCAUCUAUGCUCCACUGGCUGGUCAGGGCGGUGCUCAACAAGGAGCUGGCGACUCGCAGGAAACAACAUACCUGUACAUCCCUAACAAUGCUGUGGGAGCAAUCAUUGGCACCAAAGGAUCCCACAUUCGCAACAUCAUUCGGUUCAGUAAUGCCUCUGUGAAGAUUGCACCUCUUGAACAGGAUAAGCAAGUCGAGAACCAAAACAAUGCCCAACAAGAACGCAAAGUCACCAUCGUGGGCAGUCCAGAAGCUCAGUGGAAGGCGCAGUAUUUGAUCUUCGAGAAGAUGCGAGAGGAAGGCUUCAUGUCUGGCUCAGAUGACGUGCGACUUACCGUUGAGAUCGUGGUAGCAUCGUCACAAGUGGGACGCAUCAUUGGCAAAGGCGGACAGAACGUGCGCGAGCUGCAGCGCGUCACUGGCUCCUUGAUUAAGCUUCCGGAACAGCCGCAACAACAGGGCGGUCAGCAGCAGGAUCACGACACCACCGUGCACAUCGUCGGACCAUUUUAUAGCGUCCAGUCUGCUCAGCGGCGCAUUCGUGCUAUGGUGGCCCAAGCCAGCGCCCCGAGCCGUCACCGUCGCGCCGCGCAGCCGCCCCCUGCGCAGCAGUAAACAACCUCCUAAUCCGUGCGCCCACCACCUCACCACUCACCUUUGUUACCACAUCUCAACAUCGAUCGGUCCCAUUUAGCAAAUUCCGUCGCGUCUUUAUUGGGUAUAACAGUCUUGUCUUUGAAUUACUUGCGCGUGGAUUUUAAAUCUUAUACAUAUAUCAAUAGUUCAAUAAUUGUUCCUGCUAUUUAUAUGCCACCGAGCAGUGCUGUCAGCGGUGUACCGAAACACAUCUUAGAACUAGGUAUCUAUUUGUUACGAAUAAUCCAUCACCGUUUCCGUAUUGUUCCACACAACAAGAACGGGGUUUGUCAGAAAACUCCUCCCACGACAGCAUCAAUUUUAUUGUAAUCUAAUGUUGCUGUUGUCUACAUUCGCCCUUGUCGUGUACUUUAGCUCGGCUCUUAGGUUUCCCAUAUGGUACCGCACAGACAGGCUGUUUUGUUGGCAGCAUAUGUCCAAAUGUUGUUGACAAUUAUAUUAUUGUAGUGAAUUGUAAUUAAAUACUAUUUGAUAAAUACAUAUUUUAUCCGGGGAUUAUCUAUGUUGACGAUUAAUAUUUGAAUAGGUAUAUAUUGAUAUAAUAUGUAUAUUAUAUAUUAUUCAUAUACACAAUUUUUUUUAUCUAUAGUGCCAGUUAUGAUUAGUGCCGUGAAUAUAUUUAAUUGUUAUAUUGUUUUCAUACCGUUAAUCUGCUUCGUAAGCGUUAACAUAAAUGCAAUAGGUAUACUAAGUGCCAUUUAGAAUGUCAAUAGCGAUCAUUCACCCCUUCCUAUCACAGUAUACGCUAUACGUUACGUGUGAAAACUCUCUUAUUAUAGUCAUAAUCAACGUGACGUACACUGCCCUCCUAACUAAACAGUGCAUUAACUAAGUCAAACCUGUUUUCGAGAAAAACGUGGUGGAAGAAAAUAAUUUAAAAUUUACUCUAGCUUCAAAACUACGCAAGUUACAACAACAUGGCAUAUAUCAAUAGAAAGGUAAAAUAAUGAAGUAUUGUAAGGUGACAUAUUUAUAUAUGUAUGUUGAGGUUGUAAAACAUAAAUAAGUGCAGCAACUAUUAGAUACUGCGAUUGUUGCUAGAAUUCCAUCGCCUUUGACUCAAAAAUUAUAUAGUAUUAUCAUAAUUAUAUAGUGACUAAUCUUACUGCAGUUUAAAUUAGCAAAUGUUAUACAUUGUACUAAGUUACUGCAGUUUUACUUCCUGUAUUACAGUGUUCCGAUGGGAAUUUUGAUACGUGAGUUAGAGCCAAAUGUAGAUCUUGUUUUGGUGUUAACGAUUAUUCGUUGUAACUCAAUUUCGUAAAAAUGCUAGUUACUGCACUUUUAAUUAGGACUGCAGUAUAGAUGACCUAAGGGGUAGUAAUCGAGUAUUAUAUAACAUAAACACUAAUCAGGCCCUGCACUCUCGUUCUCCGUCUGACAUACCUCCGAAACAAAUACUGUCAAAUAAGUAAUACUCAAUCAACUAAAGAGACGCAUGAUGCAAACGAGCCUUAUACCUGUCACUGGGCCUUACCACGAACUCUUAUUACGAUUCAGUUUAGGACCUAAAAUGAAUCGUUGUGAGACAGCGCUAUAUGAAGUGUAUAUCACUAUCCCGCUUUUUUGUCGUUACGAACAUAUACUAUACUGUAAUAAGAGUUCAUGGUAAGGCCCAUUGUCUUUUAAACCUUGUCGAGUAUUACUUAUUUGACAGUCAUUGUUUUGGGAGGUAUGUCUGACGGGGGACGAGAGUGGACCUCCUGAAUCGUCACUGUCAAAAUCCGAUCAUUGUUGAUUUAAAAAACGAAUUAAGUGAAUCAAAACUGAAACGUGAAUAUUUCUGAAACUAGACGGAGUGCAAGCGUACUCAGCCAUAGUUAAUACGUGACAUGCGCUUAGAGUCGUUAAUUUUGCCUCUUGUAGAAGAGCGUAUUUUUUUUAUUAAAAUUAUGAUACAUUUUGUAUUUUUAAAAUUUUGAAGCAAAAGAAACUAAAUUCUAGUUAUUUUGCACUGUAUAAAUUAUUGUAACGUAGUUUAUAUUGUUUGCUUUCAUUAAACAUUCACAUUUUUUUAUAGGUAUUGGCUUUUAUUGUUCAUUGAAAAGUUAUGUUGGUCAAGCGAUGUCAAAAUUGCGACAGAUUUAUAGGAAUCGGCGAUCGUUCGCCGUCGAAUUAUUACACUAUUGACAUGCUAAAUGGCACAAACUAUAAUAAUAAUAAUGGUUUUGUUCUCUAUACAAUAUACACAUGUUAAUAACACUAACUUUAUAACCGUACCAUUAAUAUUACAUAUACAAACGAAAAGAAGUACAUAUUUAGUUUUGUUACAAUAAAUAGAUUAAUCUGUUAAAGUCACACUACUACACUGUUAAAUAUUAUCUGAAAAGGGUGUGUGGGAUGUAAACCUACAUGGAAUAUACUUAUAUUCAUAAUAGAGCAUUGCUUUAUCAAGGAGGCUCAAUGGACGAAUGGAUGCUUUGCGAGUAUAUUUUUAAGAAAUAUUUCUUUAACGAUACAUGGAUUUCUGCAUGCAUGAAGAUGAAAAUAUGAUGUACAAUAGUUGAAUUGAAGAAUAGUGCGUUGGGUGUUAAGUAACUAAUCCAAAGAAUGAAUGCCGGUCGUGUGAAUCGGCAGACUUGUGACGAGCCUUGACUAGACUAGAGAGCGAUUGCAUGCGCUAAGAUCCGGCCGCCGCCGCCGCACACCAGGCUGCGGGUACGGGCCGCGCCGCGCCAUCACUUGCGCUGCCCCUGCGCAAGUGAUGCUCUCGCGUUACGGAAAUGGUAUUUGUCCAUUUUAAUGGAUAUAAAUAUUUUUGAUAUAAUAGUAAUUGUUGGAGAGUAAGGAAACGAAUGAGUUUUAAUUUGUAAGUGACAUUUGUUGAUCGUUUUCUUUGUUAGCUUAGUGUUUUCUUGUAUCGAAGCAUUUUGAAAUUAUGACGAUACCGUAGCGUUGUGAGAGUACAGCGUCGUCGUAUUGUUUGGUUCUGUGGUAAUAUGUUUUAUUAUUCAGAUAUACGAUUUGCGUUAUAAUUUGUGCCAAGUGAGAUAUUUAACUAUGAGAGAUUAAGAUUAAGUGGAUAAUAUCAAAAUUAAAGCUUAGAUAUUUAUAUAAUAAUUGUGAUAAUAAUAUAUGGAAGUUUCGGCAAAAAUAUUUUAAGGAUGUUUACAUUCUUAUUUCAAUUUCCAAUUUUAGGUUAGAUUAUAAUAAAAUUAUAAUUAAGUUUUAGAGACAUUCGCGUGUGAUGGUAACGUGAGAGGGGAGGAGCUUAGGCAAGUCGGGCCGCCGGCAUCCGGCGGGCCGGUACUGGCGGACACUGCGCAUCCCUCUUCUGUUGCGUCCCCCAUCCCUCAACUUCCUGAUUACCUAUUGGUUGAUCCAUUCCUACGUUUACAGCGUAUCUCAGGUCUAGCCUGUGUCCCAAUUGCAUCAAAAUAAUUUUCAUUUCAUUAAUUUUUAUUUCUUGUGAGCACUUACCUGUAUUAUCGCCAAAAUUGCCCUUAAUUUGCUAAUAUUUUUUCUUACAUAUUAAAUUCACAUUAUUUAAACUUUACCACUUUAAACUUUGCCGUUUUUAUUUUACGUGCAAUUUUGUUGCUUCCACAUAUUAUUAGAAAUAAUCUCACGUUUGGCAUUUAAAUAUUUCGAAUUUCAAUAUACAAAUUUACUGAAAUAUGAAACAUUUAAAACCAAAAAUAAAUAUAACGUCGUUCCAUCAGCAAAUCUUCACGUAUUUUUUCUGUGUGUGUGUGUACUGAGAGGGUACAUCGCUUAUUUGCAGAAGCAGUACUGCAUACUUUAACAAGUAGUUGUAAAAUGAGUUCUGAAUAAGAAAUAAGUACAAAAGGUGCACCUCUACAUGCAUGACCUCUCAGUUCUCACACAGAACCUGCUCAAUCUGGAAAAUAGUUAAGUUACCAUUUGUAUUUUGCCUACUAACAUUAAUUUAGUAAAGAUGUUUCUAAAUAUUUUCAUCAAAUAACAAAUCAUACAGAUUUUUUAAUGCUAUUCAACUAUAGAAACUAGUAAACAAUGUUGAUUUGCAAUAAUUGAAAUACAUGAAUGUAAUUGUACUAAUAUUAGUUAAAUAAAUUCAUAAAAACAAGAGUACUAUGACACAAUCUACACCUUUAAACUGCCAAAAGUAUUAUCAAUAUUUUAUAUAGACAUUUUUACUACACUCAAUGAUAUAAUAUAUUUAAAAUUAACAAGACCUUUUUAAACGUUGAAAUAUAUCUUUACUAAAAUAAAAUGCUAUUUGCAAUUUAAUAGUUCCGAUUGGGCAAGUGUGCUGUUACAAUUGAGAGGUUUCACAUGUGUAGUUUUUAAAUAAUUUCUUUACAAAAAACGGAACGCAUUUUAUGACUACUUAAAUUACAGCAUUACUGCCUUUGGAAAUGCGCCAUGUGGCCUCUCAGUGCAAAUACACAUUUUUAUCGUGGUUUAGUGUCACACUACGAGAAGUAAUGAUUUGUACUCCUUUUCGUUUAUUUCGAAUACGUACGGUCAUCGGCUUACCAAAUUAAUUAAUUGGAAAUGUCUGUACCUACCUACGUACACUGCCUAAGUCACCGCAGUCAGUUAGGUUGGCACUUCGUUAAAUCUACGCGAACAUAAAAUAGUGCAAAAGGCGAUCCAGAGUUAUUAAUAGAAACACUUUUCCUGGUGUUGUGCGAUAACACAUGUACCUACCGUAACGUUAACCUAUAUAACCAAUCUCUACAUUAUUAACUUAUGGUCACAGAAAUUGCAGUCUAGUAAAUUCAAGACUGAUCUACUUAGUAGGUAUUGAACAAAAAGCCAUGUGCCAUUAUUGACAUAGAAAGAAAAUCCCACUACUAUUGACAAUGGAUGUAUUUAUUCUGCAGUAAUGAUGCGUUGACCAAAACAAAAGACUAAUUUUUGGUGUAAUGAACAGUCCUCUAAAUUGUGAUGGCAUUAAUUAAAAUUGUAUGAAUUUAAAGUUCCUUGCAACAAUUAUAUAUGAUUGCACUUCGUAAUUGCUACUCUAAUAUACUAAAAUGUCCAUCGGGAGUACAUAUUUUGCUCCAGAUGUAUAUUUUAAUGCAUUACUUCUUUCUGCCUUUGUUAGUGUCAUCAUUUAAUAUGUUUAUUACAUGUGAAUACUUUCAAAAUAGUGCUGCGACAUUCCAUCCACGUACACAUUUUAUUCGUGCUUCCACAAUUUGAAGGUAUAAACAAUCGACGAGCGCUUAUGGUAGCGGUUCAUGGAGUCACUACAGUCAAACAGAGCUGUAUUUGUUUGAAAGUCGAUUUUAAAAUACAUAAUUAUUACAUUCCAUGUUUACAUAACACCUUAAGAAUCAACGUGUUCCUUUGUAAUAAAUGAAACACUUGUGAUAAAAUUUUGGCAUUUGGAUUAAUUGGUACUGACCGAUUACAUCUAUUUGGUCAAAAAUAAUGAAUCGUGUUAUGACUAAGUUUUCUAAUCACUGUAAAUAUAGUCGAUGAUACACAUGUCAUGGCUAGCAAGAGGUGUGGGUCGAGCAUUACGGCUACUAAGCAACGGCUUUCGAUAUCCUAUCAUCACUUGCUAUACACUGGCGUACGCGUGCUUUUAGCUGGCCAAAUAUAAAUACCAUGUCAGUAGCAUACAAUUUGUCACGGGUAUACUUUUUGUACGCAUAACGCGCAUGUGUAUCACUGGCUUUAUAAAUCCCGAUCACAUCGCGUUGGCGGCGAGAGUAUGUGAGAUAUUUUCAUUGUUGAACGGCUUACCAAAUGUCUAUAAAGUUAUGGCUUAUUUUCAUGUUUAAUUGUGUCUAAGCAGCCUUGGUCUGCACGAUUCUGACGCUCAGCAAACUGGAGAGGAUCGUACGUACUAUCACCGCCUUGUCCAAUAGGGAACAAUAUAUUUAAAACUGGCCGGAUUUACCUUACUAUAUUGAAUUCAUGUUAAAUAUAAGUGUUUCACUUGAAAACUAUAUAUAGACGUGUAAAGACACCACUAGACAAGAGGAGGGUAAUUGCCUUCUUACGCGUGAUUCAUCUGCUUAGUCCACCUUGAAUGACCUUGGGCAGUUUUAUCAUCAGCAGCUGAUAGAAAGGUAGGAGCAAGAGACAUAAGCCCUUCAGCAAUUAGGUUACGUAUGCAAGCAAGAACUUAGGCCUCUUGGUACAGCCGACGGACAUAGGUCUACUGUGUAUAGUCUACUGUAAAUACAGUUAUUUACGAUCCGUUUUGAUAUAUAUCGAAAUCACUGCGUUUUGGGGUCAUUGGGGAAAUUUAAAGAAAAACCAUUCCCAUUCUGGGGCCGUAUUAUAAAAAUUCCGCCAUGUUUUGUUUCGCGUUGCACUACUAAUUACGAGCAAUGGUGUUGAAAAAUAAUUUUAAUGUAGCUUUUCCAAUGCAAAACCAAAUGUGAUCUCAAUAUUGUUGCUUCUGGUUUUAUUCCAUUGGGCGGACCACGGCUAAAUGGUUCACCACUGUGGACUAAGCAGUUGGACCUCUAAUUAACUUGCGCCAUGUGUUAACGGCGGCAGAUAGUGUCUACAGGGCCGGUGCUGACUUCCGCACCUUCCGCCGUCCGCCGGCCUUUUCACACAGCCAGAUUCCGCUUGCAUCGGCUUUCAGAUGGAGUCUACUAAACGGUUACUUUCACUGUGACAGGAAGGCCGCAAAUUCGCACCUGCAGGGCGUUCGACGGGACGUUCAAAGUUCGUAUUGAGCGUGGAUUGUCGUUGUUGACGUUCAGCGUGCACGCGACUAGUUUCGCUAGAGCGGGGCGUUUAAUCUAUUGACCAAUCAGACUCUGCCGCUUAGUCAUCUUCACAGUGACGCUACAUAGAUUGUUUUAUUUUGUUUGAAAACAGAAUAACGACUUCUACUAUGUUUUUUGUGAUAAUACUGUCCUUUUUAAUCUCAGUUUGUAACGACAGUAUAAUAGUUAUAGAAUUUUGAGGUUAUACAUUUUACGGAUUAAAUAAGUAGUUAAAUUAAUGUGGUUUAAUAUUUUUGGUUAUAUUGUUACGUACUAAUAAUAGUGCAAAUUAAUAACCUUUUCCUUUCAAGGUUAAUUUGUGAAUGUGAUUCUUCUGCAAUAGUCUCGUGUCAUAAUGUAGUUCGAAAUGAUAAUAAGAGAAGUGCAAAGACGGCCAGAGUCGGAUUUCAAAUCGUCAGUUUCUCGUCGAAAUGCGAAAGCACUCCAAUCUUCAAACGCUUAAUCGAAAACGCCUUAACGUGUUUAAAUACUUUAGGUGAACCACCGUGCUACUGUGCUCCGCCCGUUCACUGAGCAGGACGCUUAAAUGUAUACUAUAAAUGCUGUUACCGAAUCACAAUUCGGUAUAUUCAGUGGCGCACCGUGUACGCUCCAAACGACGCCCCGUUAUACGCGCCGCGGUUCCGAAUUUGCGGCCGAAGAGUGUACAUAUGGUACAUUUAUAGGCAUGUUGUUUAAUCCUUCCAAAAGUAAGCUUGAGAGGGUACAUUAUGAUUUGUAAUGUGUUAGGAUGCAGAAAUAGUUUAGUUGUUUAAUUGUAUCGUUGUGAAGUAGUGUUAAGUUGAGGGUAGGCGCGGGCGGCGUGCGGCUACGAGACUGAAUUACACCCCUGCCGUCGCGCCCCCGCGCCCAUUACUUACAUGUCAUUCUCGCUAGUAAUAUUUACUUUUAUCAUUCUUGUUUCAUGGUUCUACUGUUAUUUGCAUUACAUUCUAAUAUUACUUUCUCAUGUGUGUAACCACAAUUUGUAUUUGGCGUGUG